AUGAGCCCAGCCCCGGGCUCCAAUUGCGCGGUUGCCAGGGAGGAAAGCGAGAUGAGGAGCCGCGCCCCCUGGGCGCCCUUCUGGGUGCUGCUGCUGCUUCUCCUGCAGCCGCAAAUACCUGGCGCGGGGGGCGGGGGCAGAUCCCUCCAUGUUCGGGGCGGGAGGAGCAUCUGGGGCCAGAACGCAGGGAAUUCGCAGCAGUGCAAGCCGUCCUACCACCUCUACUUCGUCCUGGGAAACACCCACCAAGAGCCACCUCUCCCCAUCUGCCUGGGACUGUCUCGGUUUCAGCACUGGAAGUUCCAGGUCCAGGAAGCUCCUAGAACCUGGGUAAAUGGGUCCAGCCAGAUGCGAUACAAUUGGCGGGACAGUGUUCAUUUUGUCAAAAACCUGAUUGAGAAAGUGAAGAACCCGGAUCUCAUGAUGUCCAUCAUAACUGUCUCCAAAAGGGUCAACGUCCUCAUGCUGCCCACAGCAGAUGAACAAACUAUUAAUUCAGCUACUAAAAAGCUUCGAUAUGAAGUUGCUGAUGGGCAGCUAAACAUGGAUGAAGGAAUUAAAAAGGCAAAUGAGAUGAUCAUGAGAAGCAACUCUGGAGCCAAGAAGGUUUUCAGCGUAAUGAUCGUUUUGAUCGGGUCACCUAUCCCUGAGUCGAAAUAUCAGCUGGCUCUGGAGGAAGCUGAGAAUGCUCGGAAGAUGGGGACAGUUAUGUUUGGUGUGGGUAUUAAUCAGUAUCUGAAAUUUCAGCUUGACAAAAUCGUUGACAGCAGUGAGCACAUUUUGGGGCAGCAAGGGACUGCGAGAAAUCUGCCAAGCUACAUUCCCAAGCUCCUGGAGAAGCUGUGCAUUAGGCUGGACUCUCUGGAGCCUUCCAGUAUAUGUAUGGGAGAAAGUCCUGAUGUGAGAGUUCACGGAAAUGGCUUUUUGACUGCAGUAACAAAGGAGAGUGUUAUCUGCAAAUUCAAGUUCAGCAGAACCAACAUCGAUGAGAAGAAAGCACUCUCUGUUGAAAAUAACGUUAUAACUUGCCCUGGAGUACAACCACAGGUAGUCGGAAAGCCCAUCUCUGUUGAAAUCAGCCUGAACAACGGCAUGUACUUCUUUAGCGGCAAGCUCAAAAUCACCGGGAAGCAGUGUGGAGAGAGUCCUGCUAGCCAGCCCAGCGGGGGUGACGGCUCGAGCCCAGGCCGUCCGAACAAUCCAAGCCUCCAUGCUAAUACCGCAGAGGAGCCCCCCAACCAGCCCCCUGAGAAUCCCCCCGAAGACCUCCCCGCAAGUCCUCCCGUGAAACAUGGUGAGGUUGCUGAGGAGAGCGCCGAUGAGGAGAGCUCAGAGGGUGGCCAGGAGGAGGAGGUGGUCUAUGAAGAACAUGUAAUACCCAGCAGCGAGCACAGCGGCAGCGUCUCGGAGGAGUUUCCUUUGAUCCCGGUUGUCGCUGGCUCGGCCGCGCUGCUGGUCCUGCUGCUGCUGCUGUUCUGCCUUUGUUACCUGUGCAGGCAGCCUGAAAAGGAACCCCGGCCACCUCCACCAUCACCACCGCCACCCAGUAAGGAGAAAGUGUGUGGGCCGCAGUGUCCCAUCAUGAUUUUCCCUUGCUGUGGAUUAUCCAGAAGUAGCCACCCAAGGCACACGGAGGGGAGGUGCCUCUCCUUCACCCCAGUGAGGAAACCAUACAUGCGGAUGGUCUGCGCCCCAAGACUGCAUCUUCCACCCUGCCGCGAGCAAGUGCCCUUCCCCACCUGCCCACCGUGCUGCCACUCUCCACGCUCCUGCCCCCAGUCCUCCAGGACACUGCCACUCAUCCCUCCCAGCUCCCCACAUUUUGACAUCUGGAAAAAUCGAGGCCCAGUGUGCUGAAAUGACCGGCCCAAGGUCACCCGGUCAGGCCUGUGGGCGGAAGAGCCAGGCUGAAGCACUCCACAGGACUCCACUCUCUUAACCAGCAAAGAAGCAGUUUAACCUUAAGUCCAGCGCUUCCCAAACUCACUUGACUCAGGACCUCGUUAUCUUUCAAUAGUUAAAUAGAGAUUAGGUUUCCAUGGAAGGGACCCUGGGGAAUGCUGCUGUAUUUUAAAUGCCUUCAUUUUAGAAUAGACUUAGUUUUUGUUUGUUUUUUUUUAAACUUGGUUCUCUGUUGAUAAUAUGAAAUGUUAGAUUUAUUUCUUAUUUUUUCUACUUGGAAGCCUAGUAUUUUUUUUUAAAUCAUAUUUUUUUAUUGUAGAAUGUAACAUAUAUCCAUAGAAGUAAUAACUUUCCAAGUGCAAUUUAACAAGUAGUUA